CCGUGGUUACAAUUUGCUAAUGUUACAAUUGUUUUUUUUUAUAUAUUUAACUACUCAUCUCGACUAGUAGACUCUCGGAACACAAAGUAUUAUGUAAAUAAUAAUUAAAAGUAAUAAUAUUGUUUUUUUUCUAAGCUUUUUAAAAUAGAUCUAUUUUCAAUUUUGACUAUUUUGUCCUAUUGUUCUGUUGAUAGAAUAUAUAUAACAAAUAACAAUUUACAACUUUAUCGAUAAUUUCUAUUAAUAUUGCCGUUCGCAAUUUCGCAAUAUCUAAUUAUAUUUGAUGAAAACGAAUCGGCAAUAGGUUAUUUGUUAAUAGUUAUUACCUAAGGGAUUGUGUGAAACAAUGAGAAAAUACCAACAGUUGCUAUUGGUGCUCGUGUCUUUUGUCAGUGUCUUUUCACUGUUGUUGUACAGGUAUGAAUACAUGCAACUUCUGAACGUCUUAGAAGUGCUCAACUUUUUUGGUUACACAGCUGACAACAUGACAAAUUGUGUUCUGCUGGAGGACAAGUUCUAUGUGGAUCUGGAAAACGACAAUUUGUUAGCAAAACCACCUGUUUCAUGGAUCAAACGCGAUCAGUACUAUGCAUACUCUGCCUUCUGGUCCGCCCAACAACAGACUGUUCAUUUGCUGAUUUUGGGCCCAAGAUCGGCGUUCUCUGGUUAUGAAUGCCGUGUAUGGUUUAAAAUGACAGAUCAGUUUAUUUCCAAGACGGCAAAACUUUCUUAUAGCAUUAGAACUAAUAAUCAUGAUCCAAAUUUUCAUCAAUAUGAGGUUCAUUGCAAGCCUGACGACUUCCCUGUCAACACUGAACCAUAUGGAGUUUUGCUGGGACGAGAAAACUCAUUAAAACUGUUCAUACCAAUUGAAGUUCAAAAAGAAUCUCCCAUCAAAGACGAUCUGAUUAUGUGUAUUGCACCAGAUUAUUCCGGCAUCCCUGAUACACAUCUUGUAGAAUUCAUUGCAUUUCACACAUUGUUAGGUGUUCGUCAUUUUGUAGCAUACGAUAUUGGCAUUCACUACAAAGUUCUUCAAUUUUUACGUUCAAUUUCUGGCCACAAAGACUUAUACAAAACUUUUUCUACACUCUCUUGGCAGUUCCCUACGACAGAUCUACAAUUAGAAAGGUCAAUUUUACAAAAAGAUUGUAUGCAAAGAACACAAGGUCUUGCUAAACAUAGUAUUUUAUUAUCAUGGGAUCAGUACUUGGCGUUAAAUAAGGAUGAACUUAAUUCUUUAAAGAAUGACAUUCAUUAUACAUUUCAAAUAAAGAAAUGUUGUAAUAAUCGGCAGCUAAAAAAAUCCUGGCCCAUGGCUAUGAAGAAAACAAUAUGUGAAAAGACUAAUGAGACAAUAAAUACUAUCAUUGAUGAUCAAACAAUGAAUUACCAACCGCCUACAAAAAUGGGAUCAAUACAUAGGUUGGAAGAAAUAUGUGAAAAAAUCAGUGGUAAAGAUGACAAAAGUAUGGCUAAGUAUUUAAUAAAUUUUGUAAAUAGUAAACUGUUGAGGUUAUGGAAAUCUCAAUUAAAAUUUUCCAUUACUCAUGCAACCAAUAACAAUAUAAUUAAUCUGUAUACAAAUUAUUCUUGAAUUUAUUUUCGAGUGUAACAUUUAAAAAGGAAUUAUAUGUAUGUAUUUUUUUAAAGGAUAUUUUAUACAAAAUCAAAUAAAUAUUACUAUUUUUAAAUAAUUAAA